CGGCCGGCCCAUGAGUCCCGGCCAUGGAGCCCCGCGCCGCAGGCUCGGCGGGCACCGGCUACAACGAGGCCCUGCUGCACAAGACCAUCCUGGUUGGAGACAGCGGUGUGGGGAAGACGUCUCUGCUGGUCCAGUUUGACCAGGGCAAGUUCAUUCCAGGCUCCUUCUCUGCCACCGUGGGCAUUGGGUUUACGAACAAGGUGGUGGCUGUGGAUGGGGUGAAGGUGAAGCUGCAGAUCUGGGACACAGCAGGACAGGAGCGGUUCCGCAGUGUGACCCACGCCUACUACAGGGAUGCCCAAGCCCUACUCCUGCUCUACGACAUCACCAGCAAAAUGUCCUUUGACAACAUCCGCGCCUGGCUGACAGAGAUCCACGAGUAUGCCCAGAGGGACGUGGUCAUCAUGCUGCUGGGCAAUAAGGCCGACGUGAGCAGUGAGAGAAUGGUGAGGACAGAGGAUGGAGCCUCACUGGCCAGGGAAUAUGGGGUGCCCUUCAUGGAGACGAGUGCCAAGACCGGCAUGAAUGUGGAGUUGGCCUUCCUGGCCAUCGCCCGGGAGCUGAAGCAGAGAGCGAUGCAGCUGCCAGACGAGCCCCGCUUCCAGAUCCACAACUACAUCGAGGCGCAGCAGAAGAGAUCCGGCUGCUGCGCCUUCGUUUGAUGGGGACAGGAGCAACGCCCCGGGAACGGCGGGCUGGGAGGAGCAGGGCCGGAUCCUGCCUACGAUGGAACAGAGGGUCACGGCUCUGCUCCUGCAGGGCUCUGAGCAGGAUCGGAUCCCGUUGCCGCGUGGGGCUGUGCCAGGAUCACCCCGAGUGCCCCAACCGCGCUGUCGGCAUCAGCCCAGCCGAUCACCGGAGGUGAUGCCACCGCUGCCCCAGCAGGACGCAGGGUGCAGGAUGCAGACCCGGCGCCUGGCUCCUCCCCUGCUGUGCACUCCAUGCUGCACUCCUCGGCCACACAGGCCCCGAUCCGCCCCGCUGCCCUCUGCAGAGCCGCUGGCCCUGAGCGGCGCCCCUCACCACCACGUGCUGCGGUGUCCCUGCCUGUCCGCCCUGCUGCAGUUGGCACCACAACAUGCAGACAGCCCCGGAGCACCCGGUGAUCGCCGAGGGCACUUCCAGUACACGCAGCACUUUGGAAAAGCUUUGCUUUCCCCCUCUUGCAGCUGAAGCUUUUCUAUUGUUAUUUACUUCCCUUUGAGGGGAACGCUUUUUUCUUUCCGGAUGGGGCUGAAGCAGCCCACGGGUCGCACCCUCGGGCGCUGUGCUGCACAGGGCGCGGAGACAAGGAAUAUUCGGGUGUGCUGCUCAAGAUGCCAAGGGCAGCUGCAGAGGGCACAACUCUGAUGCAGUUGGGGUCAAUCGGGCACAUCCAUCCCCACGAGGGCCCUCCCUGCCCCGCAGCCCCCUUCACUCCUGUGCUCCCCUUGGAUCUUUCUUUGCAAGUGUACAGAUUAAAGCUGGAUAUUUUCAAGGCUUUGCA